GUAGUCGUCGUCGUCAUCGUUCGGUUUGGUAGAGCAUUUUCGUUUCCCGCUCGGCUAAAGCUGUCUCAUUAGUGCGCGCGCAGUUGUCGAAGCUGGACGCUUUUGCAGGAGCAGUCAAAAGACCUAAAGAGCAGCAGACACAAAUCUGCAGCACCGCUUCGAGGAGUAGUAGUACCAGCUUAUCCAAGGGAUUAGUGAGGUGUUAGGGUGACCCCCCGAUCAGGAGUAGAGCGCGCUUAGUGGAUCACCACGCACUGCAAACAGCGUCGUCAGCGGCAAGAGCGCAGAGAGUGCCGGGAGAUGGUAGUAGAAUAGAUCGUAGUAGGCGCGUCAGCCCAGCCCGAGAGACCAGAGUGCGUUUAGUAGUUUAGUGAACCGCGCAUUGUAGCCCGCGAGGACUCCGACUCUGUGCUUUAUUGUGGUGUUUAAGUGAAAAAUUGUCGAACCGAAACGACGUUAAAUAAAGCAAAAACGGCGGCCGAAGCGAGAGAAGCAGAAAAAAAGUAAUACACGAACAGGCACUCUGGAAGCGAAUUUCAGCGUGGGGUACCAGACAAAAGAAGUUUUGACUCGGUGUGUGCUUGCUCUCUUGGAAAGAAACCGGUGUGGAACGAUUAUCUCGGACUUGGUUCACUAAGUUUCUGUCGUCCGGUGCCGGCCAGUAAACGCUAGAGGAAGAAGCAAAAAGUGCAAACACAGAACUGCUGCAUACCAAAGAUCGAAGCUGUGAAGCAAGAGUUCCGUACUGUGUGGACUGUGGACUGUUAGAUCAUAAGUAUUUAAACCUAUGGAACGACCUCUAAGAUAUUUAUUUCAACACUGAUAAUUGUGAUUUCAACUGAAUGCUUAUAAAAUUUACACCAACCUAAUCGUACUACUAGAGUAAGCUAUAAAUCGAUAAGUUCUGCACCAAAUUAAAGUUACAAUCCAUCCAGCAUAAAACGAUUCAAAUCAACAAGAGCAUUUCAUUAGCCGCUAAGAGUGCACAAUCAAAUCAAAUCGCAACCCCUUAAUUUAAAUUUCUAAAACCCAUAAAAACGAACAGAAAAAAAACGUGAUAACGAUAAAUACAAUAAACCCCUUUUUCGCCGUCAAUCAUCGGUCUUAAAGAGCAACAAUUACCGCCUCCAAUUUUCCACUUUGGAAAGAACGCUAAUCGGGCGAGAAGAAAUCGGGGAAGAAUUGGAAAACCAAAUAUAAAAAAAAAACACUUCUACUUAUCGCCUUCGACCCCCCCCCCUCGUGAAGUGUGCGGAGGAGCUUAUUACGGAAAAUUUUGAAGAUUUACUACACCCAAACGCACUACCGCAACCGGGAGCAAUCGAGAAACGCUUUAUGAUAGAUUUUGCUUAUUUCAUCACAUUGCCUCAAAUCAAUCGCUACGCCUAAGACUGAGCAACAACAGAGAGAUCUUCGAAAGCAACAGCCUACUUAGUUUACCCUUCAAGUUAUUCGUAUGCCUACUACGUUAAGAUAAGCAACCAGUAACAAGAAUCACCAACCCCAUCGCAAGAGCAUAUUUGAAACAAGAGAUAUUCAUCGUUUACCCUUUAAGAUUAUACACAUCUCAACGAUACUCCUCAUCGAGCAAUAACAGUAGUUCGUAAUUCUACCGCCUAAGCUAGACACGUAAGCGCACUGCAAUCGUACUCUUUAUACGGCAACUGCAAUCACCUUGACAAAGGAGCGACAAGGCUGUCAACUCAACCAAAUAUUAAGUUAUCAACCCAGUAAACCUAAGUGACAUCAUUCAUCAAUCCGUCCCCACAAUGUUACCAAGCAAUCAACACCAGCACCCAUCGUCGCAGCAGCAGACGGUAUCUCAGGCCGAUCAGCAGCAGCAUCUGCUCAACACGGUGGGCAUGAGUGCCGCCUACACCACCACAUCGACCAGCUACAGCAUGAGCUACCCGGUGGUCACCGGGCACCAUCUCAACGAGAACAACAACCUGGUGAUGCAUCCGUCCUAUGGCAAACCGGCCGCUCAUGUCGCUCAUCAGCUUCCACCGGCGUCACUCAUCACGCUGCAGCCGGUCGCUCUGGACGCUCAUCACCCGUCUUUGCAUCACGUGCCCGGGUUGGGACAGCCCCAGCCAUCGCACACCAUCACUUCGCUGUCCCAGCCCGGCCUCGGCCAGCAGGGAAUGUCCUCGCUGGGACACGGAUCUCAUCAGCAGUCCGGCGGGCAGAUGUCCGUCGGAAUGUCCGGUCAUUCAUCUUCGAUGAACGAUCCAAACGGUAAUGACGAUGGUAGGUUUAUCCGGUUGGGUGUGGAUCAUCCAGGUCCUGGUACAGGUCUCUUUCUGCGUAGAUGCAAGCGAACUUACUCUCGUUACAGCAGAACACUUUAGGGCCGAGGCAAGUCAGCGUUUCUAACACCAGCCUCGUUCCACCGUUAAUAGCCGGGGUUUGGAUUUGAGCCAACUGGAAGAGCGGGCGAUUCUCUUUACCGGCAAUGGGAAACCCGCGAACUGGACACUAAUAAAAAUUUGUAUAUAGCGUGCUAACAAGCGUCCGGUUUCAACAAGGCUGGUUUCCAUUGUCCGUAAGAAGACGCGCCUCGGUGGUCGACGAAUCCUCACAUUUCGCUUCGCUCGAACAACGAAGACGACGACGAGUGAUGGGGAUCGUAUUUCACACGUUUUCGCUCCUCUCUGCGUGGUUCAAGUCCGGAUCUGUCAGACCUUUUCGGUUGGUGAUCUGGAUUGCAAACAACAACCAGAUCAUCCUGGUGUGGUUGUUAUGAACGGGUGGAACGAGGCAAUUAGCAUCAACCGGAUCCGGAGGGAGAAGAAGAAGAAGGCAUUGCUGCGGCGCUGCUGAUGGAGCAGUACGAGUCUCUCGGAUAACCAAACCAUUAAUCGACUAACUUGGCAUGAGAGCAGAAGACAACCGUAGACUUACUUACCGACUAAACAUUUCGGACUGACACUCAUAUACGCAUCAUAACUAACCGACUAAUCCGGGCCAAUCGCCCGCCAGCUAUAUGCAAG